UCCCUGGACUGAUUGAAGCCGAUUUAUCGUCAACCGAUUUAUGACACCUCCAAACUACCCCUGAAAGACCACCAUUCCAACAUGCCGUCGCCAGCCGCAGGAAAGGGUGAAACCCCCCGCACCCCUACCAAGCUCGGACGCAAGUCUCAGGCGACCCCUCAAAAGCUGGGCAAAACCCCCAAGGCCCAAGCCUCAGAGGAGAACCCUGAUCUGCCACCGCGCGAGGCGCCCAAGGCAGAAGAGGCACCAAAGAAUGUUGAGGAUACCAAGGAGAAGGCACAAGAAGGUGCUGAGGAGGCCACCGAAAAGGUCUCUGAGACCGGGGAGAGCCUUCAAGAGCAGGAGCCACAGCCGAUAGAGGAGCAGAAGAAGGACGAGGAGGAGGAGGAGGGGGAAGGCGAGGAUGUUGAAGGUGGAGCCGAAGAAGAGGCCGAGGAGACCGCGGACGAAGGGACCCAGAAGGCCGGAGAAGAAGGCGAGACUGCCGAGGGCACUGAGGAAGAAACAUCAGAGACCGCCAGCAAGGCCGCGGACACCGGUAGGCAAAAGGGGGAGGGCGCUCUGAGCGGUGCUCGCGGCCUUGCGGAUCGGGCCUCGAGUCUUGCCGGUAAGGGCAAGAAGGCUGCUGAAGACGCAGGAGAGGAUGCACAGAAGACUGCUGGCGAAGCUGGCGAGGGAGCCGAAGAGACCGCCGAAGAGGCUGCGGAGGAGGUCAAGGAGGGUGCAGAGGAGGGAACCGGCAAAGUCACAGAAUCCAUUGAAGAGACAGCGGGCGAGGAGUUGCCACAAGCCCCAGACCUGUCCGUCCUCAAGGGCCUGGAGACGGACGAGGAGGGCAUCAUUCACGAUAGGGAGGGCAAGCCCAUUGGCCGCCUUGUUGAAGGUGACGCCGAGGAUCUCAUUGGUUAUGAAAUCGGUGAUGAUGGUGAGAUCCUCGAUGACGACGGCGACCUCGUUGGUCGCUGCGAGCUCCUCCCUGAAGCUGUUCAGGAGCAGCUCGAAAAGGCAAAGGCCGAGAAGAAGAUGCCUGACCUCAGCAUCUUGAAGGGCCUUACCGCCGACAAGACUGGGCAGAUUCUCAAUGACGAUGGAGACUUCGUCGGACGACUCGUUGAGGGCGACCCCUCCGAGAUCCAAGGCAUGGAGUUCAACGAGAGGGGCGAGAUUGUUGAUGACGACGGCAAUGUCAUCGCUCGUGCUGAGCUCCAUCCUGAUGUGGCAGAGGCGCUCGGCAAGGGCGAGGAAGAGGAAGAGGAGGAGGGUGAAGAAGAGGCAGAGGAGGAAGGAGAGCAGGAAGAGGGUGGUCUAGCUGAAGGAGUUACUGGAAAAGCUGCUGAAGCUGGUGAAGCCGUUGAAGGCGCCGAAGAAGUCCCCGGCGAAAUCGAAGAGGAGCUCCCUGGCGUCGAAGCCCUUGAAGGCAUGGAAGUCAACUCUAAGGGCGAGGUCCUCGACGAACAGGGUGACGUCGUCGGCAAGCUUGCCGAAGGAGACAUUGGCGCUGUUAAGGGCCUCACUGUCAACGACAAGGGUGAAGUGGUCGACUCUGAAGGCAAUGUUCUUGGCAAGGUUGAACUUGCUGAGGGCGGCGCCGAGAAGUUGAAGGAGGCUGCCGCCCAUGCUCUCGACAUCCGCAUUCUCGAAGGCUUGAAGGUCAAUAAGAAGGGCAAGGUGCUGGAUGAGGAGGGUGAAGAAAUUGGAGAGCUGAAGGAGGGUGACGUCCAGAAAUGCGCUGGAAAGAAGAUCAAUGACAAGGGUGAAGUCCUCGACAAGGAUGGCAACAUCGUUGGAAAGGUUGAGAUCGUCUCUGGUGAGGCUGCCUUCGAAGCCAUGAAGGCGCUGAAGGAGCGUCUCGAGGAGGAGAAGCCUGAGGUCAAGGAGGUUGAGAUCACCCCUGGCCUGGAGAUUCUUGAAGGCCUCAAGGUCAACAAGAAGGGCCAGGUCCUCAACGAAGAUGGAGAACCUAUCGGCGAGCUCGCAGAGGGCGACGUAGCGGAGUGUGCCGGAAAGAAGAUCAACGACAAGGGCGAAGUGCUUGACAAGGAUGGCAACGUCAUCGGAAAGGUCAAGACUCUGCCUCAGAUCAUUGAGCAGAAGGUCGGUGAGGCUGAGGAAGCCGGCGAGGAGGCCGCGGAGGAAGCUGGAGAAGAAGUCGAAGAGGAGAACCUCCCACCACUCUCUGUUCUUGAGGGUCUCACCGUCAACAAGGCCGGCAAGCUCAUCGAUGACAGCGGCACCAUUGUCGGUGAACUUAUUGAGGGCGACCCUAAGAAGCUCUCCAAGAUGGGAGUCACCUGCGACGCUGAGGGUCAGUUCUGGGACAACAAGGGUCAUGUCAUCGGACGUGCCAAGACUGUUCCUGUGGAGGUCUCAGAAGAAGAAGCUCCAUUUGCUGGUCUUGAAGGCCUCAUCGUUGUCAAGGAUGGCUUUGUUGAAGAUGAGAACGGCAACCGUGUCGGCAAGGUCGUUGAGGGUGACGCCAAGAAGCUUGUCGGUCGUGCAGUCGAUGAAGAUGGAGACAUUCUCGACAAGAAAGGCUCUGUUGUCGGUCAUGCCGAGCGUUACGAAGAACCUGAAGAAGAAAUCGAGGAACCUGAAGCCGUGGAUCUGUCUUCGCUCGAAGGUCUAACUGUCAACAAGCAGGGUAACGUUAUCGGAAGUGAAGGCGUGCCAGUUGCUCGCCUUGUUGAAGGGAAUCCUAAGGAGCUCGCCGGUAAGAAGCUUGAUAGUCAAGGUCAGAUCUGGAACGACUCCGGAAAGGUCAUCGGACGUGUCGAGCUUAUCCCGCCUGAGGAGCGCGAGACGAAGCCUGAAGGCCCCUUCUCCGGGUUGGAAGGCCUGCGCGUCAUUCAAGACGGACAGGUUGCUGACGAGAACGACAACAUUGUCGGGACUGUGGUUGAGGGUAACCCCAAGCGCCUCGUUGGCCUCGCCGUUGAUGAGGAUGGUGAUAUCCUUGACAAGUACGGCAACGUUAAGGGCCAUGCCGAACCCAUCGAGGAAGAGGAAGAAAUCCCCGAAGACUUGUCGGUUCUUGACGGCCUCACUCUCAAUAAGCAGGGAUACCUUGUCGAUGAUAAAGGUAUUCCCAUCGGUCGCCUCGUCGAAGGCGAUCCAAAGGAACUGGCCGGGCGUAAGUCUGACGGUGAGGGUCUGAUCCACAACGACACCGGCAAGGUCGUGGGCCGCUGUGAGCUCAUACCUGAGAACCAGCGUGUAACUCGCGAGGAAGGCCCGUUCGCCGGACUGGAGGGUCUCCGCGUGGUUAAAGAUGGCUUUGUGGAGGAUGCUGAGGGCAACAGGGUUGGCCAGAUUACUGAGGGCGAUGCCAAGCGCCUGGUAGGCCUCUCGGUUGAUGAGGAUGGAGACAUAAUCGACAAAUAUGGCAAUGUCAAGGGCCACGCUGAGCGUUAUGAGGAGGAGGAGCCCGAAGAGAUUGACCUCAGUGCGCUCGCCGGCUGCACGGUCAACAAAGCUGGGAACGUUGUUAACUCCAGUGGGACUAUCCUCGGCCGCGUCGCAGAGGGUGACCUCAAAUCCAUGAUUGGCAAGAAGGUGGACGGAAAAGGCCAGAUCUGGGACGACGCUGGCAACGUUAUUGGGCGCGCAGAGCUGGUCCACGGUGCCCCGUCCGGACCUGAGGGCGCCUUCGCUGGCUUCGAUAACGCUACCGUCGCUAAAGAUGGUACGGUUCAGAUGCCCGAUGGCACCAUCGUUGGUCGUGUCAUCGAGGGUGAUCUCAAGAAACUGGUUGGCCACAAGGUCGAUGAAGAUGGUGACAUCACCGACAAGAACGGCAACACCAUCGGAAAGGCUGAACGCUGGGAGCCUGAAGAGAAGGAGCGCCGCAUCAACCCCAUGGCUGGUUUGCGUGUGAACAAGGAUGGUGAGGUCCGCGAUCAGAAUGGUGAUCUCAUUGGCCGUCUCACUGCUGGAGACCUUGGCCACUGCGCUGGUCUUGAGAUCGAUGACAAUGGUUACGUUGUUGAUAAUGACGGCAACAAGGUUGGCGAGGUGACCUUGCUGGAGAACAUUGUCGAAGAGGAAGAAGGAGAGACGGAGGAGGAGAAGCAGAAGCGCGAGGAUGCUGAGUUGGCCAACAAGAUGGCCAAUAUCUGCCAGCAGACGCUCGAGCGCGUCCAGCCCAUCUGCAAGCAGAUCACUGAAUACAUUGAACAAGCCGACCGCACGCCCCGGGAUGAACUCGACGAAGAAGAACUGGUCAACAACGUCAAGCCCCUGAUCGAAGAAGCCGGCCGCAUCCUCCAAGAGUGCAACGGCUCUCUUCGCGGCCUGGAUCCGGACGGCCGCAUCGCUUCCCAAGCAAAGGGCCGCUCUCAGACCCGCGAAGCCACACCCGAAGAGUAUCGCCUCGCGGACGCCCUCAAGGAGAUCACCACCACGGUCGUCACCACGAUUGACAACGCCAAAAGAAAGAUUGCAGAUAUGCCGCAUGCGAAGAAGAAGCUCAACCCGCUCUGGGCCCUGCUCACCGAGCCCCUCUUCCAGAUUAUCGCUGCUGUUGGCCUGCUCUUGUCCGGUGUUCUGGGCUUGGUGGGUAGAUUGCUCAAUGGCCUUGGUCUUGGCGGUCUUGUCAAUGGGCUUCUGGGUGGACUGGGCAUCGAGAAGUUGCUCGGUAGUCUUGGUCUGGGAAGUAUCAGCGAGGCACUUGGCGGGAAGAAGGAGAAGAGGAAAGGUGGCGGUGCCAGCGGUUUGCCCAUUGUGGGUGGCUUGCUAGGCGGUGGGAAGUAGAGGAGCAUAGCUCUUAAGGGGCCGUGCUGAGCGGCGAGGCGGGGGUUGAGAAGGAGUUUUCCUGUUGGCGGCAUCAAAAUGAAAAGAUGGGAUGAGGUUCGCCACCC